AUGAAAAUAUUAACUUUACUUCAACUCCGAUGCAAUUCUAUUUUAUUUUUGUAUCAUCUGAUAUUUUUUAGUACUAUAGAUCAUACAAAUCAACUUAAAAGCCAGGUUUCGUUAAGUAAUAAAAGCUAUAAAAUCUUACCUAUAAUUGAUGGAUGUAAAGAGGUAUUUGGAUGCAAAAGAAUAGAAAACCUUCAUUUUUUUAAUACAGCGUUUGGGAUUUGUGAGAAAUGUAGAGGCAGGUCAUUGGAGGUAGAAUGCCCUUCAAUUUCUGUUAUUAACGAUUCGUAUCAACUGUUGAGUUUUACAAAUGGCUUCAAUAAAGAAUUUCAUAAAAUAAGGGAAUACAACAAGACUAUUUCAAUUAUAGAAAAAGAUAUAUUUAAUGGGAGUGUAGUUUUGCUUUCGGGAAAAUUUGUUGAUUUCAGUGGGGUAGAAAAUUGCGCAUUAGAUAAAGAAAACCAAAUUGAGUUACUUCAAGAAACAUACCUGAUUUACAAUCAGUAUCAAAAUAACGAAGAUUUAGUUUUAAGCAUAGAGUUAAAAAAAUUAUUUCAAACUAAUGAAGGUAAAACUCUUGAAAUUAUUUCAGAUUGGGAAAUAAACAAUAAAAAUAGCAACCAUGCAAUGUAUGCAUACACAAAAUUGAAAGAAAAAGUCUAUAAGACAAAAUCUGAAAUUAAUUCUGCUAUAUAUAGCAAAAUCCUUAAUAAUAUUUGGUCUUUGAUAAAUAUUACUUAUAAUUCAAAUAAUUUGCAAAUUUUGGAUCAAGUUAAGCCAUGUAUCAUAAUUUCUUGCCGUAAAUCAAAAAAAAACGAGUUCAAUCAUCAAAAUAUAGAUAAAGGUAAAAGAACAACGAUACGCGAUAUUAUUACGUCAGUCAAUACGCUAAAAAGCAAAGCAAAGUCGGAUAGCGACUACUUAUUAUAUGUAAAUAUAUUUAUUAAGACGUUAUUAAAAUCGUUGAAAAGAAAGACUGAAAGAGGGAAGAUUUCUAUUGGAUGCUCGAACAAGAUGGUAUCUUGGGUUAAAGAACUCUGUGAAAUAUUAGAGAUUCGAACUGACGAAAAUUCGAAUAUGGGCAGGUAUAUUUCAGAAUUUGUAAGAAAGACAGAAAAAGAAGCGAAUUUAAAUAAAAAAACAACUGGUAAAAACGUUUUAGAUUCGGAAAAAAACACUAAAUUUAUAGAAGCUGAACUAGAAGAUUACAAAAAGCUUGAAGAAGAAUUGAAGGAAUUUUAG